GCGGCUUUCUUCGUCCAAGUUCCCGAGUCCGACCAGUACACCGCCACUCAGUUGCUGGGAAUCUAAUAAUAUCAUUAAUGUAAUGGCAAUCGGCGCCUACAACAUCCAUUUCUAUUCACCUUGUUGAAACGCGGUGGGUUGCUGUUUUCUUUCUCUCAGUCGCAGCGACAAUCGGACACUGUAGCCUCAACUAAUCGGUCUCUGAGCUGUGAACGACGCAACGACUGACUCCUCUACUCGCAGAUCUACUAGUGUAAGCGACCAUGUGGUCCCUGCUGCUAAGUUCGGUGAUCCUUGGUCUUGGACUCCAAGUCGGAGCCUGGAACUCGUGCCCGUCGCUGGGGCGUGAGAUGAGACUGUAUCCUUCCCGGAAGGGUUGGCUGGAAGCGGAACGUCAGUGCCAGAUGGAUGGUGGUCACUUGGCAACAAUACGAACGGAAGAAGAUCGGCUGUGUGCGGUGCAUGCCAUCGAACAGUCGAACCAGUGCUCCACGCACUCGUGUGGCAGGAUAUGGACCGGGUUGAACAGCCUGAACGACCAGGACAGCUGGCAUUGGGUAGGGGCGGACAACGCUGGGCAAGAGGCCACCCCAGGUCAGGGGAUCUGGGCGAAGGGCGAGCCGGACAACCCUGGCAGUCAGCAGUGUGCCAACUGGAAUCCUGAGUUCGGUGUGGGCGAUGAUUACUGCAGCAUUGCUGAAAUGUUCAUUUGCCAGCGAACGAAAACAAACAACGCAUUCAAAUGUCAGGGACAGCAAUGGACGUAUCAUCCAUUGGGCUUCGAUCAUGCAUAUGCCCAAGCCGUAUGCGCCCAAUGGCAAGGAACCCUCGCACCACUGGACAGAAACUGCCUGAGUGAUUUCUUCGACAGGUCUUUUAUGUCAAGCGCGUCUGAAAUGACGACAUGGAUAGGCUGCCUGUAUGACACACCAGGCGUUACGUUUGCCUGCACAGUGAUGGCACAACCGGACUAUUCAUUAAACGUCACGGAUGUUAAUGUUGCCACACAUCCAAAGCCGUUCAUCUGUGCGGGGCGGAUCGGAGAUAUUUCUACGUUACCAGGACGGACGCCUCCACCUGCAGUAUUUUCAGGUUUCUCCACGACACCAUCACGCUCAAAUGUAGGACCAGCAACAACAGUACGAUCGACCAUGACAUCUGACAGUAACGAACAGCCACAAUUGUCCGGAGGUGGAGUUGGCAAUGCGGGAAUCGUGGUGGCAUGCGGCUUCAUAGGUGCCACAAUCGCGUUCGUGGUAGUUGGAGUGAUUAUCUACUAUCGCAGGAAGCAGCGGAAGCGAGCCCUAGGACCCGUUCGGAAGAUGGAAGAUAAUGCAAUCUACGAGCGCGGCCCUGGGCCACUGCAGCGCCAGUCGUCGGUGAAGACGACCAAGAGAAACCAUCUCACUCUGACCCUGCAAGUUAGUAAAGAGAGGACGACGACCCAUACGGAGUUGAGCGGACCGGCGUCUGAGUACAUGAGUGUGCCGUAUGCCACCUCUCCGCUGUCGUGUGUUGUGGCGCAGCAGCGUGAUGACGACUCGCAGCCUUAUGGCGUUCGUAAAAUCGGCAUCCCGCCGCCUGGCAACGAGCGACCCAAGCUAGAUAUGCCACACGAGUACGCUGAACCUCUGUCAUGCAACCCAGCGUACAAGGCCCCAACAUUUGUACCUCAGAGUCAACUCAACGAGUACUCAUAUGAUGUUCCCAGUGAAGCAUAGGGGAAACAUUUAUUCACGUUGACGCCUGGAGUUUUAAAUAGAAGAUUUUACUUGAUUUCGGGAGGAAUGUUUGUUCUUAACUGGAUCGUAUUUGUUCAGAAAGCAUUGAAUAAAUCCCGCGCUUCCACUGAACCUAGCUGACGGAAUAUCAGGGAGCACUUCCUGCGGGUGUUUUAGGCUAGCCAAAUGAUAAUACAUGUUCAGCGAACCAUUGUCACUUAUUUUCACUGAUCUGCCUUGAUCUCAUCUUGAUCUCAUCUUGAUCACAAUCUGCUGCUACAUGUAUGUAAGUGAUACGCGCAUGUUAGCAAAAGGAUAUUCCUGUAAGUAAUCCCGUAGUCGGCAAUAAACAGACACAAGCAGUGUCAUUGAUUUGCCUCGCUAUUUUUUUUUCUUUUCUUGAGCGCAUUGAAGGGUCAUGCGUGUACUUUUGAAACUCUGUUCGCAUCAUGUGGAUGUGCCUACUACGUAAGGUCUCUUGAUGUUGUUGUUGUUCGUUGUUGAUGUUGUUGUUCUCUUCCAUUCUAUGUAGGCAUGUGCACUUUCAAAUAAAUAAAAAAGGUAUGAAUAAUGAAUCGACAAUGGAUCUUGAA